AUGCUGAAGUCAAAUGGAUCCUAUGGCUACACUCCGGUGGGGAGGACGGCCGCGCAGAAAGCGGUCAUGGAUGCCCACAAGCAGUCGAUGUUUGUCCUUGGUAUCGGGCUGCUCUUGAUUUUUAUUGUGUUGAUUCUAGCUUUCAGUUAUACCUGGUACUCAACGAGAGUACCCCUGUCUUGCACGACGCCCUUGUCGCUGUAUUUCUGGCUGGCGGGCAUCUCAAACUUCUUCUUGGCGGUCCUGCUGGUGAUCGGCAUGUACCUGAUGCAGGGGAUGAUGCUUGCGGUCAGCCACCAGCAUCUGGCCCAGAGCAUGGAAGAGCACGCCCAGACGUACUCAAUCGCGGGGGGCCACCACUCCGUGUCCGCAGCUGCGCAUCGAUCCGAGUUCCAGGAAAGUGCGCUCCACUAUGGCGGAGGAAUGACAGCAGUCCUGGUGCUCCAGUCCGUGGUGAUGCUAGCACAAAUGGGUCUAAGUAUCUACGGUAUCGUAGAGGUCGUCAAAACGCAGCAAGCAGACAACUCCUACCUGUGCGGCGAGUCCAUUAACGUGUUUUGGACUUUGCUCGGGCUACACUUCAUUCAGAACUCGUGCGUGGUUGGUAAGCUCAGCAAAGGCCUGCAACACCAUCCCCGAGGAGUCGAGGAAGAUUUAGGAGACAGCGACUGA